AAUUGAUCUAAUGUCUGAUUUGGCUGACAAGAUUGUUGUAGUUAUCAGAAAGAGACCAUUAGGAAAAAAGGAGCUUGCAAAAAAGGAUGAAGACAUUGUGGAUGUUCAUAGUGAUUAAAGUGUGAUUGUUAAAGAAGUGAAGUAAUACACAAUUGUAAACUUAGAUAAAAGGUAGAUCUUACAAAAUAUGUUGAAGAACAUAUGUUUAACUUUGAUUUGGCAUUUGAUCAGAAUGCCUCAAAUUAAUAAGUUUAUUUGAAUGCAGUUCGACCAAUUAUAGAGGCAGCCUUUAAUAAGGCUCGUGUCACUUGUUUUGCUUAUGGUCAAACAGGAAGUGGUAAAACACACACCAUGUUGGGAGAUGUAGAAAAAUAAAUACCUGGGAUGUACAUUUUAGCUGCUAAUGACAUAUUUUAACUGCUAUAAUAAGUAAUUUAAAUACAAUAAUAUUAUUAGCCAGAAUUCCAACAUUUGAUUGUAGGAGUAUCAUUUUUUGAAAUCUAUUGUGGCAAAUUAUUUGAUCUUUUAAAUUAGAGAGGGUAAAUCUAAAUAAGAGAAGAUGCUAAAGGCAAUGUUAAUUUAAUCAAUCUUAUGGAAAAGAAGGUUAAUUCAGUCUAAUCCCUUAUGUAAAUAAUAACAUAGGGUUAAACUGUAAGAGUGACAGGUUAAUUUAAUUUUUAUUUUUUUUAGCUUAAAAUGGAGCCAAUAAUGAAUCAUCUAGAUCUCAUGCCAUAUUAUAAAUCAAUUUGAGAGCAGGCAAAAAUGUUUUUGGAAAAUUAUCAUUUAUUGAUUUGGCAGGAAGUGAAAGAGGAGCUGAUGUUUAAGAUUCUAACAAAUAAACUAGAAUAGAUGGUGCUGAAAUAAAUAAGUCUCUUUUAGCUUUAAAAGAAUGCAUUAGAGCAUUAGAUCUAAACAAAAAUCAUACUCCAUUUAGAGGAUCUAAGCUUACAUUAGUAAUUUUAAUUCAAAUAUUUUUUAGGUUUUAAAAGAUAGUUUAACAGGAAAUUGUAAAACAGUAAUGAUCGGUAAUAUUUCUCCAAGUUCAUCAAGUAGUGAACAUACUUUGAAUACAUUGAGAUAUGCUGAUAGAGUUAAAGAACUUAAGAAACCAUAAGAUAAAUAAUAUUAGGGAGACUAUAUAUAAAGGGAAUUAAUGUUGGCUAGAUAAAAUAGUAUUUUUAUUAUUUAUUUUAAAAAUAGCUAAUAUUGUAAGGAAAGCAUAUAAGAAUCCAGAUGAUGAAGAUGAUGAAGAUAUCUCAUGUAAUUCAAUGAGCAAUUCCUUUUUUCCUUAAUAAUAAUAAUUAUAAUAAUAACAAUAACAGUAAUUUAUGUUUUAAUAAUAAUAAUAAUAGUAAUAAUAAUAAUAUAUGAUAUAAUAGUAAUAAUAGUAAUAAUAAUAAUAUUAAUCAACUAAUUAAUAUUUAUUUUAAUAAUAACCAUAAUAAUAAUAAUAAUUUAUUCAUUAAUAACCUUAAUAACCACAAUAAUAGUAAUAAAAUGCACCUAAAUUAUCUUAAAUACCUAAAAAUUCUUCAUAAUAAAGUUCUAAUAAUAAUAUUCUUAAUAGAUUUAAUUUAGGCUCAUUUCCUACUAUAAAUGGUGGUAGUUCCUCUAAUAUUAUGGCAAACAACUCUAAAUAAUAUACUUAAUAAUCAUUUUUAUAAUAAUAAUCAUCAUGCAAUUCCAUAAUGACCGAAGUUCCUCAAUAAUAACCUUAAUUAUUUCAAUAAUAACAAUAUUAAUAGAAUAAAUCACUCUUAUUCCCAUAAUAAUAACAAUAAUUCAAUUAAAAUAACAAUAAUUUAUUUCAAGAAAAUACUUAUGACUAAGGAUUUUAAUAAUAACAAUCAAAUCAAUUGUCAUUAGAUAUUCGUUAAGAUUCAAUGGUUGAAGAAGAAUUAUGCAUUAAUAAUCCUAAUUAUUUUAGUGUCACUGGAAGAUAUUCUUAAGAAUCCCAAUCUUCAAGAUAGAGUUCUACAAGACCCUUACAAGAGAUUAAUAAUUAUGAAGGAUCCAAGUACUUUAAUAAUAGAUCAUUUACAAAUAAUGAUUAUUAAUAUUAGUAACACAUUUUAAAUGAGCAUAAAUAAGCUAUUGACAAGAUAGUUGAAAUCACUAAAGAUGUAUUGUAUGAUUAUAUCAAAGGAAAUGAUAAAUUUAUAAUAAGUCUAAUCUCCAUAAGAUAUGUCAUAAUAUGUCUCUAAAGUGAUGUUCUAGUUACAAAACAAAAUGGAUUUAAUAGGCAAUUUAUAUUAAAAGAUGAAAUAAUAUUAAAAGGAUUUUGAAACAAGAGGAAUUCCAUUCCAACCAAAUUCACAUACUUUUAGUUUAUUUUAAUAAGAUGACAAUUUACUAAAUAUAGAUGAUAAUGUAGUUUGA